AUGACAGAAAACGAUGAUAGCACCAAAAUACGACGACCCAAGCAAAAUGAAGCACACGAAGAGCACCAAAGAAUGACACUACCAAACAGGACAAUACCGAAAAAUGAUGCUAUCGAAGAACUACGAAAUGGAAAGAAGAUUUAUGAUAAUUUAACUUAUGAAUUUGUUGAAGAAGUUGUUCUUCUUUUGUUGUUAGAAUUAUGA